AUGGCCUCUUUCUCUGGAAACCUCUUCGGCACCGAGCAAGAUCGCGUCAACUGCUCUUUCUACCUCAAAAUCGGCGCGUGCAGACACGGGGACAGGUGCUCAAGAAAACACAUCAAGCCCCAAUUCUCCCAGACGAUAUGUCUCCCCAAUGUAUACAACAACCCUGCCCACACCCCCGAAGGGCAGAAUAUGUCGAACGCAGAGUUACAGGCGGAUUUCGACAGGUUCUAUGAAGACUUCUUCAUAGAACUGGCCAAAUACGGCAAUGUCCUUGAAAUGAUCGUUUGUGAUAACGUCGGGGACCAUCUCCUCGGAAACGUCUACGCCAAGUACGAAUAUGAGGCCGAGGCUGCCCGCGCCGUCCGAGAGCUCAACGAUAGAUGGUACGCCAUGAGGCCGCUCCUCUGUGAACUGUCGCCAGUGACGGAUUUCCGAGAGAGCUGUUGUCGACAGAAUGAGAUGGGAGAGUGCAAGCGUGAAGGGUUCUGCAAUUUCAUGCACCUGUGCCACCCAACAAAAUCACUCGUUGGUGCUAUCCAAGCAUCCCAACGCGUUUCCCGAAGACACAACCGCAACAAAUCGCACGAAGAAGGGGAGAACGGCGGAGAUAUGGGGUGGACACCGAAUGCCGCUGGAGGACAGGGAUGGAUGCCUCCGGCCGAGGAUCUGGGAUGGAUGCCGGGAAGCAGGAGGUAG